AUGCUCCAGGUGACUGCCAAAAGCGCCCACAGAUGGCGCUGGUCUGGAGGUGCUGCGUGUCAACAGGGGGACUCGCCUAGUCUGGACGUUAACGUAGUGAGGAUACGUCACGUCCGCUACAAGAGAAAGAACGACGCAUGCCGGUUGCCUCCAUGCCUUUGCCUAGAGAGUUCGGGUAGAAAUAUAAGUAGCCGGGAAAUCGGUCUUGCGAGGGAGCCAAAAGGGGGUGUGAAGGCUUCGCGGCGAUUUCAGUGUCCAAGGGUCCUCUCUCUCGGGUGUUUGAGGAAGUCCAGCUCUUCGCUUUCCCAAAAGAUGCGUGUGGUGGCAGCGUUUGUGUGGGCGGUGGCAGGGGCGGCGUGGGCGGUGGAAGAGGGCGGCGUGGGCAGCCUUUACGAUCAGCACUUUCCUCCCCUUCACCCUAAUUGUACCCAGAGUCUCACAGAUCUUCUCCUGUUGCGCCAAGAACUCCAGCUUAGAGAACUGAAGGAGGCCGGGGAAGUGUCCGCAGGAAUCCUCAAAGAAAUCCUAACAGAAAUCAGAAGUUUAUUGGCGAGGAACCGCACGUCGGCAGCAUCCUGUCCAAGCAACUUCAGAAAAUUCGGCGAAACCUGUCUGCAUCUUGCUAAGGACACCGACUUGACUUGGGAAGCUGCUCGGCUCUUCUGUCAAGACUUGGGAGGAGAUUUAGCUGUGUUUCUGGACGCCAAUGCCCUCGCAGAUGCCCUUGCAUAUACGAAGGGUUCAGGUCUCCCGCCCACUGCCAACGUGUGGGCGGGCGGGAGCGACCUCUCGGCGGAGGGGGAGUGGAGGUGGGUGUCCGGGGAAGCCAUGCCGAGAGGAACGCCCUUUUGGGGGGAUUUUAAUUACAUCCGGGAGCCAGUCGGGACACCAGGAGAGAACUGUGCCAUCCUACAUGGUCUUGAUGGCUUCCUGAUCCACGAUGCUCCCUGUGCCUGGAAAUGCAAGCCUCUCUGCCAAAUGACUUACGUUUGAACAAGUGAUAUGUAAUCCUUUCUGUCAAAUAAAGCAAGCUGAAGUAAG